AUGUCUUCCGCCAAGAAGCGUGCAGUAACCUCCUCGCACGGCACCCCAGCCGCUCAGUCCGUCCCGAUGCCGGCAGUCGAGCUCGAGCCGGAGCGAAGAAAGAAAAUGAUGGCGUCGGUGAAUAUUGUGGAAGCGGCGGCCGAGGAGGUGCAGCCGGAAUGGACGUACGAAGGAUUCGAGUACCGCGAAGACGAGGACCUGCUCAACCUGAUCAUCCCGCCAAAGUACCAGGACAGAGAUCCGAACGCGAACGGCGCGAGACUCAUCAUCCAGGACAUUCACGUGCACAACUUCAAAAGCUACUACGGCGAUCAUAUACUCGGACCGUUGCACAAGAAUCUGACAAUGAUUCUGGGCCCUAACGGAAGUGGCAAAUCGAAUGUGAUCGACUCGUUGCUCUUCGUGUUCGGCUUCCGCGGCUCCAAGAUCCGCACGAAGAAGCUGACGUCGCUGAUCAACAGCGAGCUCGGAUGCAACGAGUGCCGCGUCAUCAUCAACUUCCUCUACAUCCAGGACAUUGACGAGGACAAGUACCGCGUCAUCCCGAAAUCAGCGUUCAAAGUCGGCCGCACCGUUCACAAGGACGGCACCACCUUCUACGAAAUUGACGGAAAAGUGGUGCCGCAGAGGGACGUGACCGAUUUCCUGCAACGUGCCGGAAUCGAUCUCACUCACAAUCGAUUUCUGAUUUUGCAAGGAGAAGUCGAGGCGAUCGCGCUGAUGAAGCCGACGUCGAAGAGCACGAAUGAGCAGGGAAUGCUCGAGUACAUCGAGGACAUUGUCGGCACCGACCGCUUCGUCGUGCCGAUUGCCAAGCUGACUCACCGAUUGGCGCUUCUUGAGGUCAAGGCAUCACAGUACAGUGUUGGGUGAGUCUUUUUUUGAACGCCUUAGAUCAUAUAGCUCUUUUAUAUAAUAUAUAGGAUCUAUAAAGCGAAUGAUUCGAUUCCAGAAUGCGUCGUCAUCAGGACCAAGAGGAGCAGUUCUAUCCGCAAAUGGAAGCCGCCGUCGCGUACAUCAACACAAAGAACAAGCUGACGUUCCUUCACGGCCUCCAACUCAAACACGUCAUCGCCAAGACGUUGGCCACGAAGGCAGGACUCAUCGAAGAGCUCGAGAUGCGCAAGGAAGUGAUGGACGAGCUGCACGAGGAGAAAAGGGAGAAGCAGGCGGAGUUGGAGCAGUGCGAAGACGUCGAGAACGAGCUGAUCAGAAAGUACGAUGAGGUGACCGGGAAACUGCACGACGCGCAGAAAACCGAAUACGACUUGUCGCGCAGAGAGAAGAUGCGCAAUAUCGCUAUGAAAGACGCGAACCGUGCGAUGGCGGCCGCGCAGAAAACGCUGGAGCAGCUGAUGGUCGAGCGUGCGGUGGCGGAGAAGGCGCCAGAAGAGGCACGACAGAAGCUCGAGGCGAUCCGCGCGGAAGUCGGCGUGCUCCGAGUGCAGGAAGAGCGAUUCCAGAAGAUUGCCGGCGACGGAAUCAUGAAGUACGAUGCAAAGUCGCAGGCGGACAAGCUGAAGAAGGAGAAGAUCGAUAGAGAGCUGGAGGAGAAGAGCACCAUUUACAACGACUUGCGCGCCAAGCUGACGGAAGAGGAGGAGGAGUUCAAGGCGGUCACGACGACGGCCGCUCAAGAUGAGAAGAGGUUGGAGGAGCUGGUGGCUCGCAGGGCCGCGUUGGUCGCCAAACUCAGAGCGGACGAAGAGUAAGUUACCCGUAUUCCCCCCAUUCCUACCCAACUAUGUACGCCAUUUUCAGUGAACUGCCGAAGAUUAAGCCGUUAUACAAAAAAAUGCACGAAGAGCUGGAGCACGCGAAGAAGCGUGCGUUCCCGUUGGUCACAGCCGAGGCGGACUUGCGUCGACGUUGCGAGCAAGUGAAGAGUGAGCUGCAAGAGCUCAAGAACCACCGAUCCGUGCUCACUCGCUCGACGGCCGCGCAGCAAGCAUUCCAAAAGCUCAAGGACGAGGGAGAGUUCGACGGAUUCAUCGGAAGACUCGGAGAUCUUGGCACGAUCCACAAGAACUACGACGCGGUGAUGUCGACGAUUUACACGGGAAAGCUCGACAUGCUAAUCGUGCGCUCGGCCCGCGAUCAGGACUGGGCCGCCGACUACAUGCAGGAUCAUGACAUCCCGCGCACGACUAUGCUCUUCCUCGACCAUCUCCACGACUACAGCAUGCCCGGACCUUCGCGGGGAUUCCCGGCGCCCCGACUCAUCGAUUUCAUUCAGUGCGGCGACGACAUUAUGAUGACCAAGUUGUGGUACUCGAUCGUCGGCGAUAUGGUGGUGUGCAAGAAUCUCGAAGAGGCACAGAAGCUCGACAAGAAGCACAAGGGCAAGUAUCGGAUUGUGACGGAAGACGCAACGAUUCUGGACCGAAGCGGAAACUAUACGGGAGGCGGCAAGCCGUGGACCGGACGCAUGAGAAUCACCGGCGAAGGACCGAUGGUGACCGACGACGAGACGGCGAUGAACAAGCUGAGAGCGUCGCACGAUCAGCUGGUGAAGGACCGCGCGGAUCUGCAGGGACGGCUCAACGAGCAGAAUAUGAUUAUUCAGCGCCUGUCGCCCGACGUGCCCAAGUACCAGAGUCGUAUCGCCGAGAUAGAGGCUGGCAUUCCGGACCUGACGGUCAGAAUCCAAGGCUUGGACACGUCGAUCGCCGCGCAACGGACAAAGAUUGAAGAGCACGGCGGCAAGACGAUUUCUCCGGCAGAGCUCAAACAGAAGGAGGCGUCGAUCGAGAAGCUGCGCAAGCGUGUCGAGAAGCUGCGAAAGGAGAUCGAGCCGUUGAAGGCGUCGUCGGACGCGUCGCAGGACAAGAUGAACAAGAUGUUCCAGCAGAUGGUCUCGAAGAACAAGGAGCAGGCGACGAAGACUCGCGAACGAAUCACAAAGCUCGAGGAGGAGAUGGCUGCGGAAGAGGCGACCAUCUCGAAUGCACCACAACAUUUGCGAGCACUCGAUGUGAAAAUCAAUCAGGCGCAGGACGACUACACGGCGAAAAAGGAGCACAGCGAGACGUUGAACGAAGCCGAGAGCGAUAUCAAACCGAUGAUUGCCAUUGAGAAAGCGGUCAAGGAGAUCAAGGUGAGAACAAUUUUUCUAAACAUCUCUUUAUCCACACUUUUAUAGGCGGAACAAGCGGCGAUCGAUGCGGAACUGAUUGCGGCUCGCGAAAAACGGACAACGGCGAUGGUCGCGUACGGGAAUGCGGUGGACAAGCAUAGCACGUACAAACGCGACUACGAUCAGCUGGAUGGAAUGAUGGAUACGCUAGAUUUCAACUUGAAUAGAGACACGAACGACCUCGAGGCGCUGGAGCACAUGUGGCUGGAGCCCGAAGACCUUGACCCGCACACGAAGAUUGUUCGUGCGGACGCGGAAGACGUGGAGGAGAAGCUCGCUGAUGAUCAUGUGCUGAUGCCGAUGGAAGUGAUCGAGAUGAUCAUUCCGCACAAGAAGAACUUUGAGGACGUGCCCUUCGAGAUGCUCGAUAGCGAGGAGUCGAAACUCGCCGAGCGGAUUGUCGAGUACGAGAAGGCGACGGAGCGCUUCCGGCGGGAAUUCGACGAGAAGGGCAUCUCGCACUACUGCACCCUCAAGACCCUUCAUCGCAACGAGUGCCACGACUGGGACAAGUACAACACGCAGGUGUCGAUCCACAGAGCAAAACUGAACGAGUUGCGAUCGGCCAGACUGCAAGAGUUCUCGGACGCGCUCAGCUUUUUGGGCACGACCACUCAGAUGCUCUACCAGAUGAUCACGAACGGUGGCGACGCGAGUCUCAAGUUUGUCGAGGAGGGCAGAAGUUCGGAUCCGUUCGACGCGGGCAUCAAGUUCUCGGUGCGUCCCGCCAAAAAGUCAUGGAAGCUCAUCGAGAACCUGUCGGGCGGAGAGAAGACGCUCGCCUCGCUGUGCUUUGUGUUCGCCAUGCACCACUACCGCGCCUCGCCGUUCUACGUGAUGGACGAGAUCGACGCGGCGCUGGACCUGCAGAACGUCAACCUCAUCGCCCACUACAUCAAGUUCUCGGAGCGGACGCGCAACGCGCAGUUCAUCAUCGUCUCGCUGCGCAAUCAAAUGUUCGACGUCGGAAGUCGACUGAUGGGCGUGUAUAAGGUGAACGGACGCACCGCCAACAUUAUGGUGUGCCCGGAUCAUGUGGAGAACGAGCGCGCAAAGUCGACGGUGAAACAGUUGCAAGCCUAUCUGGAGCGGAAACCGAACAAACCGCAGACAGAACAGACGGACCUGGACGGAUCGCCGCACGAAGACGAGGUCGACGAGGAGGAGGAGGAGGCGAAGCGGUUGGCCGAGAAGCUGAAGCGGUGCUCACUGCAGAAGAGUAUGUCUUGCGAUUUGUAUGGGUGCGAACGCGCUCAAAAGCACGUUUUCAUGAAUUGAGCAGGUUUUCGCUGAUUUUUCUGGUCAACGGCGAUGAAAAAUGAUUGUUCGACAUGAAAACACACUAAUUCUCGAGAAUUAAUGACGUUUUGGCGCAUUUUUCGCGGACUUUGCUUUUUCGCCUUCGCCGCCGAUCGCCGCCUAAAAACCGCACUUCUCAUUUUGCGCUUUCUUGACCGUUUUCAGACAGAAUUCGAUUGAGAAUGAUAAAUCACGUAAAUACAAGCAUUUAGAGCGCUCGAACAGCGAAAAUUGCCGAAAAGCAACUGAAAUUCACGCAGUUUUAGCCAAAAUCCUUCAAACGGAUAAAUGUGAUUUGCGACUUGACCAAAUUUGACGCUCUUGCGCUUAAAAAAUUCGUAAAAGCCUAUACAAUCGGUCUGUCGAGAGAAAAAUGAGAAAUUAUCGAUUUUCGUGCCUAAUCUGGCAAAAAACACAAAUUUUGCUGUUAAAAUUUGAAUUUCGCGCCAAUGUAUCGCUCUAUUGGGCGGGGCGCACUUGCGCCCAUUGUCAGCUCUGCUAUUCUGCUAUUCUUACAGGACAUAAGCGCAAGCUGGCGCCGAUCGACCUCAAAAUGUUCGGACUCGCCGACGACGACGACGACGACGAGGAAGAGGAGAAUCAGCAGCCACGACGGGCCGAGUACCACCAGCCGGCAGUGGAGGAGGACGAAGAAGAAGAAGACGAGGAAGAGGAGUACGACCAGCCGACGCGUCUGAAGCCUCGGAAGAAGGUCGAGGAGUCGGAGAGCGACCUCUCGCCGACGCCUUCGCCGCCCCCGCAGAAGAAGAAGCCGUCGAGUCGCGGAAGGGCGAAGAGCCGACGUGGCAACUAA